AUGGCAACAAUGCAGCUGUUCCCGCUGACCAUAGGCCUGACCCUGCUCUCUGUGGUGCAUGCAGGCUACAUUAAUCAGGGUGAAUGUGCCACAACAGACAAGCUUCUAGGAAACUGGUACAUAAUUCGCUGGGCAGGAAACCUUCCCCUCCCAGAAGAAAAGCUGAGAAGCCCACUGCCACCCUUCACAUUGUCUAAAAACAGAAUUGGUUACUUGGAGUUCAGGAUGAACAUCUCGAGUCCCAUUGGAUGUGUUGAGUUCAAGAUGGCCAUGAAUGAAGAAAAAGGCAAGCCUUGUUUUUUCACACUCUGGAUGUGGCACUAUGUUCGCAUAGUAUUCAUUGGAGGGGAGAACUUCGGUUUCGCCUACUUAAAUGGCAUAACGAAUGGUGUACCACAGAAAAUGGGAAUGCUCAUGGGUCGCCGUAAUCAUACUGCAAACCCAACGCUGCUAAAGGAUUUUGAAACUCUUGUGAUUCAACUGUCAUUGAAUGAAACAAGCAUCAUCAACCCUCCUUACGAUGAUUCCUGUGAACCGGGCAAAGAGUCCUAG